AUGUCUGCGCCCGCGGGGGAGGCGGUUCUCGGCGAUGCCUUUUACCAUGACUACCACAAGGUCCAGGUCGUCAACGUCUUUGGCUACGGCCUCCUCUUGAUCGCAUCGCUCUCGAUCAUCGUGCACCUCCGACGGACGCGGUCCACAGCGUACCUCGGCGACAUGGAGGCUGCCAAGAAGGUCCUGCUCCCGGCCUUUGAGCCGCUCUUGUGGAUCCUCGCCGCCGUCGCGUUCGGCUACAGUAGCUUCUACCUCGGUGCGGCGGUCGCCAACUACUCGGGCCCGCUCACGUCGCCCGU